UUAAGAAUAAGAUCUAAUUUUUUUAGUUGUUUCAAAGACUUGUUGGAAUGAUAAAAAAGGUAGCUAGCGAGGGAGGCCCAUGUUCAUUUUACCAUACAUCAUUUAAUAGUUAAACUGCAUAAUGAAUGUUUGACCUUAAUCCACAAAUGGGUUAUCCCACACAUACAUACAUAGUAUAUAUAUAUACAUUCCACCAAGUCUUACUUUUUACAUGAAUCAUAAACUUAUUUCACCUUGAUUCACUAAAACGUUUGCACUGCACUGUUGCUUUUUAGCACAAGCAACAUGGUGAAUAUUUUUGUUUUUUGACUGUGUAAACGUUAUAUCAUUCACAGGAGGAUGUCAUAGAUGCCUAAUUAAGAGCUGCAGUUCAUUUAUACUGUGACAGCACAUUUAAACCUUUUCCUGGACUGUAUAUGAGUCAGUAUCUUCGUAUUUUGUUGUGAAUUUUGUUGUAAAAUUUGAAUGAAUGCCACGAUCAAAAAUGGUCGGUGUUAUUAUGAAGAAUGUAAGAUAUAGCGAACAUUAAAGUUGGCCCCUUUCCUUCAUGCUGACACUCUUAUACUGGGCUGGUGCAUUAUACUGAGACUCGAACGAAAGACAGAAGACCAUUUGGAACCAUGCCACAAGUCAGUCCAACCUUCAUUGUCACAGAGAAUACUGCUAGAAAACUGCGCACCCAUGCAAGUUAAAUAUAACCAGAACAUGGGAGAGGUUAGGUGUCCUAUGCAUUAAUACAGCCUUCGGACGAAUGUUCUCGUGAUGUAAUACCAAAGAAAAAACAUGUUAAAUAAAGUUUAAAAAAUCUUUUUAAAAGGGGGAAGAGAAAUCAAAUAUGUUUAGUAAUAAUAAUCGAAAAAAAUGUAUAUCGUAUUGAAAAUAUGUCAAAAAUUUCUGUCUCCCACACAAAACUCAGCAGGCAAUAAGUUAGUCCUGCCCUCGGUUUUGUGAGAAGAGAUAACAAUUGAGUCUCCUGUACAGUUUUGCUUCCUGUUAAGCUGUGCCAGUGACAAGCAUUUUCGAAGCAUGCCACCGGCGACUUCUGCGAUAUACAACCUAAUGAAUUCAUCUCGAAACAUAAAAAGCCAGUAACAUUUGAAAAGAACAACAGGUGUUUUUACGUAAUGCAACAUAUUCAAUUUCUAAAAAUAAUUCAUUUUUAAACGCGCAUGUUUUUCAUUCAAAUUCCAAACUUUAAGUCAUUUUUUUCUUUGAUUAUUAGUAUAUAUAGUAAAUAAUUACUUUAUACAAAAGACAUUUCAGGUGCGCAUUAUUGAAGUGACUAAAGUGUUUUUGGUGCGUGAUUGAAAACGCUGCUUCAUUGUUGCAGGAGCAUGCAGAGGUGCGGGACGUGAUCGCGCAUCUCAAAAGACCAGGACUGUAUGAAUAUACAAAGAAAUGGAUCUAUAUAAAAUAAUCUUCUCCUGUUUUAUCAUUUACAUUGUCAAAGGAGAGGAAAACAAAUGCACAAUUAUCAAACUGUCUAACAGUUCCAUUACAGCUGACUUGAACAGAGCUACAAAAGUAGAUGAAAAGAAUUUUGAUCCGAACUAUGCAAUAUUGGAUAAUGACAAAGCCUUUUGUGCAAAAGUAGAAUCAAAGUUUUAUAUGCAGAUUGAUUUUGGUUCCAUAAAGACAAUCACAAAUGUUGUUGUACAAGGUUUUCAGUUAAAUGGAGCAAACUUAAUGCUCUAUGCUUUUGUACUUCAUGUUAGCCUUGAUGGAAAGAACUGGUAUCACUAUGGCACAGGAAGAGUGCCAAAGUACUUUUUAGUCCAUUUUGCUUCAUCUGGCAAGCCAAAUGAAAAGAUGAAUAAUCCCUUUGAGGAACCUUUGAUGGGACGAUAUGUUAGACUAGUGCCACACUGGCCAAUGUCUGAUAUUGAACACAAGUUUUGUAUUCGUUUACAAUUCAGUGCAUGUGGUACAGGUCGUCCACCAAUGAUCACUGCUCCGCACUCCAUUGCAACAAAGGUUGGGAACAGAUUAAAGAUUAAAUGUGUCAGUGUGGGUCAAAUUGGCCUAAAUGUUAAGUGGAAAAGUCACAAUGGAACUUUUAAUUCCUUGUCGGACAGUGACUUGUUAAAAAGGGAUUUAACAUCUGAGCUCUCCUUUUCCCCCAUAACAUAUGGUGAUUUACCUGCAUUCCAAUGCAGAAAAAUGUCAUCUUACAUCCACUGUGUAAAGAACUAUACCUGCGAAGCUUAUUAUUCAUUUAAUCCAAAGUUACGCCAAGAAUCAAAAACCCGUGUUACCAUAAACAUAACGUUACCAGACCGACCCACUAACUUCUUUGUUAAAACAAAAAAUCGAACUGGUGUAAUGUUGUCUUGGUUUCAACCUGCAUUAAAUGAUUUUAAUCAAAACAUGCUGGAAUAUGAAUUUGCUUGCAACGUUACUGGCAAAUUAGUCAAACGUAUUUUCUUGUUGAACAAAAAUGAGAUAUUUGUCGGUGGACUUGGAAUAUACAGACCUUAUGUCUGCUCCCUAAAACUACAACUUAACAACAACUCGAGAAAGUUUUUGCAGCCACUCAAACAGAAACCAGUGGUCACACAUUUUCACAGUUUAAGUAUCAAACCCAGUGCGAAGCCAAGCUUUCGUGUUGCAGAACGUCUACCUGAAAGUAUUAAACUAGAAGACAUCAAGGUCAAUUUUAGCAAACGUGGAAAUGGAAGACUAUCUGGCUUUCUAAUUCUGGCCACGAUGCUAUAUUAUGGAAAUCGAGAUCCUCAAUUAUCUUCCAUUGUUCAAACCACUUGGAAGCGUAAAAUUAAACACACUGAAACAAAACCUACCGUUUCUUUUACUCUCGAAGGUCUCAAACCAUGGUCUAUAUAUACACUCUCUGUAACUGCAUACAAUGACGAUGACCUACCUUCAAAUACUAUGGUCGCUAAAGUCACAACACCAGAAGGCAAGCCUAGUGCUGGUCCUGAUUUGCGAUACAUUAGUGGUACAAGCAGUUCCUUUUUGCUGGCUAUUAUUUCAUUUGAAAUGAAAGAUCACAAUGGCAUUAUCCUUUCCUAUAACUGUUCUCUAAAUCCGGGAAAUCAAGUCUUUAGCUUUCAAGAAAAAUCAAAAGCCCCAUUCGAAUUUACAAACCUCAAACCACAUGUGUUGUAUGAAGUUAAAUGUAAAGCCCGAACCAACCAUAGCUUUGGCCCAUAUGGAAGUAUAUUUAGAAGGAGAACUCUUGAAGAUAGACCUGAAGCUCCAACAAAUAUUGUAGUACGUAAAAACACGAAAAACUUGGUUAUCCAGUGGUCAGCUCCAGAGCAUACAAACGGCAAUAUUACUUCAUAUGAAGUCCAAAUUGUAUUGGUAAAUCACACACAGCUAAGCUUUUACGCAACUACCAAGCAAAUGGGAGCAUUUAACAUUAAUAUCCCGAAAAUGUUUGUAAACAAAGUGGCCAUUCGAGCUAUCAACAACGCUGGUAUAGGACCUUGGAGUGAUUCAAUGUCUGUUAAAAUAUCGCCCACCGAGGAUGAAACACAGCAAGAUGAUGAUGUUGAUAAUAUUGUUAUGAUUAUAGCUUUUAGUGUUGCCAUUGUGUUUCUUGCUUUAUUGGUUUUGCUGUGCUUCAUGCAUUAUCGAAGGCGUUAUCCAUCCAAGCGACUGUUUCCAAAAGAUAAACUACAAAUGGAGUACAUCUCACCUCAUCGGUUGCAAUGUAAUCGAGAUGUUGAAGAUGCUGAUGAGGAUACCUUACUGGUUCGAGAAUUGAGCGAAAUAAGCAGUGACUGUUUAGAGGGAGGAGCACGCAACGCAUGUGAUGAGACACACCAACCACUUGCAGUGGAGGAGUUUCCUGAGUAUAUAAAUCUAGUCAAGCAAGAUGAACACGAAUUGCUGUUGGAAGAAUUCAAAAAUAAGCUAACAAGUGGGAAAUGUUAUCCUUGGCAAGUGGCAGAUCGACCAGAGAAUGGAAUAAAAAACAGAUACACCAAUAUAGCAGCUUAUGAUCAUUCACGUGUUAUUCUCAAGCACGAUUUUAAGCGAAAGACAUCCGAUUAUAUAAAUGCCAACACGUUGAGUGGCUACAACUACCUAAAAGAUUCCUCCUGUCGUUACAUCUCUACGCAAGGACCCACUCCCAGUGUCUUGGGUGAUUUUUGGUUGAUGGUAUGGCAAGAAGAAAUACCCGUCAUUGUUAUGUUAACGAAUUUAAAUGAGAACGAUAAAGUUAAAUGCUCACAAUAUUGGCCAUCUGAGGGUAGCGUAAAAUACGGUAGCAUAAACGUGAUUAUUACGAACACCGAUAGAACGGCCGAUUACGUCAUCCGGACGUUCGUUAUCGAGAAAACCGGGUCGAAAGAAGCGCGCACUGUUCUCCAGUUUCACUUUGUUUCCUGGCCUGAUCAUGGAACUCCCGAUUAUCCGGCUGCUAUUUUAUCACUCAGGAGGAGGGUGAAACACUACAAUGUGGAGAACAAACCCGUUCUUGUACACUGCAGCGCUGGUGUAGGUCGAAGUGGUUGCUUCAUUCUUAUCGAUGCUAUGUUAGAACGAAUCGAUAAAGAACGUAACGUUGAUAUCUUUAAUUAUUUACGAUACAUGCGAUCGAGAAGAAUUAAUAUGGUGCAAACUUUCGAGCAAUACAUAUUUGCGCACAACGCAAUAUUGGAAUACAUCACUUUUGGAAAUACAGAAAUUAUCGUCGACGACUUGGACAAAAAAACAAGAGAACUUAUCAGGGGUCCUGGCAUGGCAAACGAAUUCUCGAUUUUGUCAAGAAAUACUCAACCUGAUCCAUAUAUUGGAAAUGUUUAUAAAGUAUUCUUACCAGGAGGGAAGUUUGUUGAAGCUUAUAAAGUCGAUGGUUACAAACACCGAGAUGCAUUCAUUCUAACGACAGCACCAACAGAAUCCAACGUGGAUGAUUUCUGGAGGAUGGUGUUAGAAAAACAAUGUCAUACUAUAGUUAUGUUAAACAAAUGUCAGGAGACUUCACAGGAAUAUUUCAAGUACUGGCCAGACACAAACUGCGCUUAUUCUGAUAUGGAUGUUGCGUUGAACUCAGAAGUUGCCAAUGGUAACAUCAUCACACGAAAAAUUAAAGUCACAUCCAGCAAGUCCCGCUGUGAAGUUCACCAUUUCCAGUAUGUGGGUUGGCCAGACUCCGAUAUCCCAAAUAAACGGGCUUAUAACAACUUGUGCACUUUGAUGCAAGCUGUUGAAAAAUCGCAACAAAACUUAGGAAACGGCCCUAUUAUCGUCCAUGCCGGAAAUGACUACGGCCGUAGCGGAACCUUCGUAGCGGUAUACAACAGCACGGAACGUCUGAAGGUUGAACAGCUUAUCGAUGUUUUGCAGUGCGUUCGAGCUAUCAGAAUCUCACAACCACUCGCCGUUGAUAAUGUAACACAGUACCAAUUCGUUUAUACAAUGUUGCGGACGUAUUUGGAAGGCUUCGAAAAUUACUGGAACUACAAAGACUACAAAAUAUGUCGUUCACCGUUAGGCUCAACAACAUCGGCUACAUAAGCGCGAAAAUGAGAAUUUGUCAUAGUAGCUAGUGUCACACGCACGAAGAACGCUAUGUCCCUAACGUUAUAUAUAAAGUUAAUAUUUAUAGUUGUAAAUAAGUGACCACGACAGACAUAUCUUCUUUUGUUGUGUUUAAUAUUGCAUAAUUCACAGACUGGUUCUACAGUCAUAUUGGAGAUACUUAAGUGGCGAAACUGUCAAAUUUUAGGCCAAGUUAUGACUAAAAUAUUCUAUUUUUCAGGUAUCUUUUUCAAGCUUUUUUGUUGUUGUUGUUGUUAAACUGACUGAAAAAAGGAAUAACUACGAAAAAAAGUUUGCAAAAUGAUUCCACGAACAAGUUGUAAAAGUGCAAUGUGAGGUAUUCAGACGUUUGAAUCAAACAAUGAGUGUUUUUCAUAAGGUUAUAUAUUGUACAAAAUGUGAAGGGAAUUCUAUAUUGUCCUUAUGCUAAUAUUCACUUUGUUCAUAAAAGAUGCGCCAUACUGUGAAAGCAUGAACGCCCGGGCGUCUAUCAUUUUUUUACUUAAGCAUGUGUUGUAUCUAUAGUAAAAAUAAUUUUAUACCGACCAUAUGAAUUUUUAAAGGAUGCAUUUUAAAACUAUUUCUUUGUAUUAUUUUUAUAUUUAUUGUGUAUGAAUAACUUAUAUUUGUUAUCUUA